AUCUACAUGAGAAUAAUUUUAUUUUAAAAUAUAUAUUUUUUAUAACAUACUUAGUAUAGAAGCACACAGCUCAUCUGAGAUAAUGAAGAGAGUCUUAUUGCUAUUAUUUGCCAUAUUGGCAUCAAAUAUAUGCGAUGCGUAUAACAUAUUGGUUGUAUUUACCUUACCUGGCAAAAGUCAUGGAAUACUUGGUGCUGGCAUAGUUUCACAUUUGCUGAACGCUGGACAUGAGGUUACAUAUAUCACACCUUUGCCUUUAAAGAAGGCGAGUCCAAAUUUGCAACAAAUUGAUGUUAGCAACAAUUUCGACGCAAUAGAUGAAAACAUGUUUAAUAUGAAGAUGAUUUUAAACAACGAAGCAAUCUUUAAUAAUCCACUAAAAAUGAUGCAAUUUACAAGUGAUCUCUUUGAAAUGACCGUUAAGAAUCCUAAUGUUGUUAAAUUACUCAAUGAUACCAACCAGAGAUUUGAUGUUGUGAUAUCUGAAUGGAUGUUCAAUGAUGCAUAUAGUGGUAUUGCUACUGUAUUUGAUUGUCCAUUCAUCUGGUUUUCCACUAUAGAACCACAUUGGAUAAUUCUUAGCUUGAUUGAUGAAAGUACAAAUCCAGCUUAUGUGCCAGAUAGUUCGUCAAGUAUAGUACCGCCAUUUAAUUUUCAAGAACGAGUAACUGGACUCUUCUUUCAGCUUUUGGGUACAGCAAUGAAGACUUUUUACUCCGAUGGCCUCGAUGAAAACCAAUUCCAAAACCUAAUCGGACCGUACAUCACAAAAAGAGGAAAAGUUAUUCCUGGCUAUAGAGAAGUACAGAGCAACAUUUCUCUAGUUUUGGGUAAUUCUCAUGUAUCUUUAGGACAGGCAACGAGAUUACCGCAAAAUUACAAGCCCAUUGCAGGAUACCAUAUUAACAAUGAAGUAGAACCAUUGCCCGAUGACUUAAAAAAACUCCUCGAUAAUGCAAAAAAUGGCUUAAUAUACUUCAGCUUGGGAUCAAAUCUGAAAAGCAAGGAUCUUCCAGAUGAACUAAAACGUGGAUUCCUGAAAAUUUUUAGAGGUCUUAAACAAACGGUGCUGUGGAAAUUUGAAGAUGAUACGGUUGAUUUGCCCAAAAACGUGCAUACAGUUCAAUGGGCACCACAACGCAGUAUAUUAGCACACCCAAAUUGUAUUCUUUUUAUCACACAUGGCGGACUUCUAUCAACAACUGAAGCUGUCCAUUUUGGAAAGCCAAUUAUAGGCAUACCAGUGUUUGGAGAUCAGUUCACCAAUAUUGAGAGAGCUGUGAAUAAAGGAUUCGCUGUAAAAGUACCUUUGUCUUAUACAAUGGUGGACGAGCUGAAAGUUGCUAUCGAAACAGUCCUUAGUAAUCCUGAAUAUAAGAAUAGAGUGAAAGAGCUCUCGGCAAUAUACCACGACCGACCUGUUCCACCUGGUAAGGAGUUGGUGCACUGGGUGGAGCACGUGAUACGCACGGGAGGCGCGCCGCAUCUACGCUCCCCGGCGCUACACGUUCCUUUAUAUCAGAAAUUCUAUUUAGAUUUACUAGCACUUAUUGUAGCAAUCACAAUUGUAGCUAUAAAAAUAUUAUUGCGAGUGUUUAAGACUAAUAAAAAAGAUUUAAAAAAGAAAAAUAAAUGA